UCUUGCCAGCGUCUGUCCCCAGAUCUUAUCCCUUCCAGCAUCCCCAGCCUGACGAAGGAAUUCAAGCUCCAGCAACGUCAGGAUCCAACACCACCAUGGUCACGGGAAAGAAGAGGACGUUCGUGCUCUACCCGUCGCUGGGCGUGGGCCACCUGAUCCCGAUGGUGGAGCUGGCCAAGCACCUCUUGCGCCACGUCCACAUCGCGCUCAUCGCCGUGGCCAACCCGCCGGACACCGACGCCGUGUCGGCCGCCGCGGUGGAGCGCCUCGCGGCGGCCAACCCGGCCAUCGCGUUCCGCCUCCUGCCGGUCCCGGCCAGCCCGGACGCCGGCGCGGACUGGGUGAAGCGCGACCUGGACACGCUCCGGCUCGCCAACCCCGUGCUCCGGGACUUCCUGCUCCGGUCCCAGCCCGCCGCCGCGCUCAUCCUCGACAUGUUCUGCGUCGACGCGCUCGACGUCGCGACGGAGCUCGGCGUCCCGGCCUACUUCUUCUUCGCCUCCGCGGCGGGGGACCUCGCCAUGUUCCUCAACCUGCCGUACCUCUACCCCACCCUGCCGCCGUUCAGGGACAUGGGCGAGGCGCUGGUGCGCUGCCCCGGCAUGCCGCCGGUCCGGGCGAUGGACAUGCCGCUGACGGUGCAAGACAGGGACAGCGACUGGACCAAGGUCCGGAUGUACCAGUUCCGCCGCAUCCCGGAGGGGAGGGGCGUGCUGGUCAACAGCUUCGCGUGGCUGGAGCCCAGGGCACUGAGAGCGCUCGGCGACGGCGUCUGCGUGCCCGGCCGCUCGACGCCGAGGGUCUUCUGCGUCGGGCCACUGGUCAACGACGGCAGCAGCACGACGGGGAGCGGCGGGAGGCACGAGUGCCUGGCGUGGUUGGACGCGCAGCCCAAGCGGAGCGUCGUGUUCCUCUGCUUCGGCAGCAAGGACGCUUGUUCGGUACUGAUUGCAUUGUUCUUAUAUCACCAGUUCUAUUGAACGGAUGGAAGCUUUUUUGUUCGGGUAUUGUCACGAUCUAUAGACGGAUGAAGUAAAAUAUUUCUAGAGUAUGUGUGUUCGUGUAAUUGUGUAUUUAAGUCAUGCCAUUGUUCUUGGGAAGGCACAUGUGAAAAAAUUGACUU